CAGGAUGUCGGGCUUCCUGGAGGAGCUGCUGGGCGACAAGCUGGUGACGGGCGGCGGUGAGGAGGUGGACGUGCACUCGCUGGGCGCUCGAGGCAUCUCGCUGCUCGGGCUCUACUUCGGCUGCAGCCUGAGCGCCCCCUGCGCGCAGCUCAGCGCCAGCCUGGCCGCCUUCUACGGCCGCCUGCGGGGGGACGCGGCUGCCGGCCCGGGGGCCGGGGCCGGGGCCGGGGCCGGAGCUGCGGCUGGGCCGGGGCCGGGGGCCGGGGCGGCCGCCGAGCCCGAGCCACGGCGCCGCUUGGAGAUCGUCUUCGUGUCUUCGGACCAGGACCAGCGGCAGUGGCAGGACUUCGUGCGGGACAUGCCGUGGCUGGCGCUGCCCUACAAGGAGAAGCACAGGAAGCUUAAACUUUGGAACAAAUACAGAAUUUCCAACAUUCCGUCGCUAAUAUUCCUAGAUGCCACCACUGGGAAGGUUGUGUGCAGGAAUGGGCUCCUGGUGAUCCGCGACGACCCAGAAGGGCUGGAGUUCCCUUGGGGUCCUAAGCCUUUCCAGGAAGUCAUUGCGGGGCCCUUGCUUAGAAAUAAUGGGCAGUCACUGGAAAGCAGCAGCCUGGAGGGGUCACACGUGGGAGUCUAUUUCUCCGCACACUGGUGUCCGCCCUGCCGAAGCCUCACCCGGGUGCUGGUGGAGUCCUACCGGAAGAUCAAGGAAGCGGGCCAGAAAUUUGAGAUCAUCUUUGUUAGUGCAGACAGGUCAGAAGAGUCCUUCAAGCAGUACUUCAGUGAGAUGCCGUGGCUUGCCGUUCCCUAUACCGACGAGGCCCGGCGGUCUCGCCUCAACCGGCUCUAUGGAAUCCAAGGCAUCCCCACGCUCAUCGUGCUGGACCCGCAGGGCGAGGUGAUCACGCGGCAGGGCAGAGCGGAGGUGCUGAACGACGAGGACUGCACGGAGUUCCCGUGGCACCCGAAGCCCGUGCUAGAGCUCUCUGACUCCAACGCCGUGCAACUCAAUGAGGGGCCUUGCCUCGUCCUUUUUGUAGAUUCUGAGGAUGAUGGAGAGUCCGAAGCAGCCAAACAGCUGAUCCAGCCAAUAGCUGAGAAAAUCAUCGCCAAGUACAAAGCCAAAGAGGAGGAGGCACCACUGUUGUUCUUUGUGGCUGGGGAGGACGACAUGACUGACUCCCUGCGAGAUUACACCAACCUGCCUGAGGCAGCCCCUUUGCUCACCAUUCUGGACAUGUCAGCUCGGGCCAAGUACGUGAUGGACGUGGAAGAGAUCACCCCGGCCAUUGUGGAGGCCUUUGUGAAUGACUUUCUAGCAGAAAAGCUCAAACCAGAGCCCAUCUAGUGGGGCUGCAGCCUCCUGGGAUGUUAUUUAAGACUCAGUCUUCUCCCGUCCCCUCUUCCCUUUACCCAUGGACUUUUCCAGCGUGUCCUGAAUCACUCAACUCAAGAGUCCAACCUCUGCGGUGCCUUGUUUUGGCGUUAACUCCUCAGCUAGCACCCAAGGGUGCUCCUCAUGAUCAUAGCACAACCCACCAUGUUUGGAGACUGUUUGGGAUUCAUGGAGAUGGCAUGACUGGCCAGAACUGGGCCUGCCCCACACUGUGUUGGUCACUAGCUCCUGGUGUAGGAGCUGCUGGGGUGUUCUGCAGUGUGAGCAAGCAGGGACAGCAGACUGGGCUCUGGCUCUGGCUCUGGCUCUGAGGUCAGCACGCACUCCUGGAGCCCACGACAGCCAGAAGGAACCGUGCAGUAAAGCUCACUCCUGCGGAUGCAGCAGAGAAGAGCUGUGGCCUCAGCAAGCACCAGCUGAGAGUUGUUGGUGGGAACAUGCCUUUUAGGAAUGUAGUCUUUCUUCGUCUGGGGGGAAACCAGCAGCCUGCUCAUGGGUUCUUGAGCAGGGGACCUCCAAAUCUAUAGGGAAGCUUGUGGGGUGUUUAUUUUGGUGAGAAAAAUGAGUAGCUAAGCUAAUGACUCAUAUAGUAAUUGCUUACUGUGUGAUUAGAGUUUCUCAGUCUUUUUUAAUCUUUCAUCCUUGCUCUUGAACUUCCCCAGGUUUCUGCCUGCUCACACAGAUAGUUCCUUCUGUCUUGGAACUUUGGUAAUGAGUUCUAACCCCCUGACAUCGUCCCAAGGACUCAGCCCUGAAUUCCUGGAGGAAUGCUGCCCAGUCAGCACAGGCCUCUUUCUGGGCUAGAUCCGUGCCUGAGGCCCCUGCACCCCCUUCCUUUAUACUUGCUGUUUUCUUUUCAGAACAGAACUAAGAAGCAAUGCCAAUUUACCAGAAGCCUGGCUUUUUCCUGAGAACGUGCAAAAAGAGCUGAGCCCUAGGGUGGGAGCAGGGGUGAGGGGCGCCUCAGCUACCCUAGGACUUGGACAGUGCUCAGUCCAGGUAACUUGGUGCUCAUGUGAGCUGAGCUGACCACACAAAGGGAAGCACCAGCUGUGCUCUUAGCACGUGAGGUGGAGGGCUUUGGCCAAGGGGUUCCCAGGGGUUUAGCUCAGGUGUCGGGGGCCUUCAGCCACCCCAGGCCUUACUCUCUGCUCCUCUCAGCACUCCACCAACCUGCCCCCUCCCCGACGAGCUGUCGACACUGUUGUUCCUUGCUGCAUUGGAUUGCUGAUUUGUAGCUCAGAAGUACAAAACUAGUUGAUAAUUAGACGAUUGGACGUUGCCAGCCUGAAAUGCAGUCACCUAGAAAGAAAUAAAGCAGGUGUCUCUGGA